ACUUCAUCAUACUACGGGUCGGUUCUUUGUGCUGAGUGAGGAAAAAGCGGUAGUCUGGUGAUACUUCAUCAUACUACGGGUCGGUUCCUUGUGCGGAGCGGUGAAGAAGUGGUAGUCUCGCGAAACGUCAUCUUACUACGGUUGGUUCUUUGUGCGGAGCGAGGAAGAAGCGGUAGUCUCGUGAUACUUCAUCAUACUACGGAUCGGUUCUUUGUGCGGAGAGGGGAAGAAGUGGAAGUCUCGCGAAACUUCACCACUACAGGCGGUUCGAAUUGGAAGUCUCGCGAUAAUUCACCACAGUACGGGUCUUUGUGCAGAGCGGGAGCGGAUCAGCUAACACGCAGCAGCUAAUCUCCCGUUGUAAGAGCCGGUUUGUCCGCGUGGCAUCAGAACAGCAUUGUGAUCGAUAACACAAACCGUUCAUAUCGCCACCUGUCCGUCCACCUUACAGUUCAUCUCUUCCUCAGCUGCUGACCGCUGGUUUCUCUGACGCAGUGACCCACCGGAGUCGUUUCCAUGGCAUUAAGGCGAGGACACAUCAGGUACCUGAAGGUGUGUGAGGUGCAGACGUCUCAGAGUGAUGUCAGAGAUGGGCAGCACACCCCGAAAGGAGCCUCUGGAAAGGAGCUGUACGAUAACGGAUACUGCGAGCAGAUGAUGGAGGACGACGAUUCCAGAACCAACCUGAUCGUGAACUACCUGCCUCAGAGCAUGAGUCAAGACGAGCUGCGCAGCCUGUUCAGCAGCGUGGGCGACGUGGAGUCGGCCAAACUCAUCCGGGACAAAGUGGCAGGCCACAGUUUAGGUUACGGCUUUGUUAACUUUGUUAACCCUAAUGAUGCAGAGAGGGCUAUCAGUACCCUCAAUGGCCUGAGGCUACAGUCUAAAACUAUCAAGGUGUCGUUCGCGCGGCCGAGUUCAGACAUGAUCAAAGAUGCAAACUUGUACAUUAGCGGGCUGCCGAGGGCGCUGAGUCAGCAGGACUUGGAGGACAUGUUCACUCGCUUUGGACACAUCAUCAACUCCAGAGUGCUGGUGGACCAGGCCUCCGGUCUGUCACGGGGCGUGGCCUUCAUCCGCUUCGACAAGAGGUCUGAGGCCGAAGACGCCGUCAAGCACCUGAAUGGACACACGCCCCCUGGCAGCGCUGAGCCAAUCACAGUCAAGUUCGCCGCCAACCCUAAUCAGGCGAGGAACUCCCAGAUGAUAACGCAGAUGUACCACGGCCAGUCGCGGCGCUUCGGGGGCCCCGUGCAUCACCAGGCCCAGAGGUUCAGGUUUUCUCCCAUGAGCGUGGACCACAUGGGCGGAGGGGGCGGAGUCUCGGGGAGCCCCUCCGGCGGCUGGUGUAUCUUCAUCUAUAACCUGGGCCAGGACGCAGACGAGGCCAUUCUGUGGCAGAUGUUCGGGCCGUUCGGCGCCGUCGUCAACGUGAAAGUGAUUCGAGAUUUCAACACCAACAAGUGCAAAGGCUUCGGCUUCGUCACCAUGACGAACUACGAGGAGGCCGCCAUGGCGAUCCACAGCCUGAACGGGUACCGACUGGGAGAUAAAGUCCUGCAGGUGUCCUUUAAGACCAGCAAGGGACACAAGUAAGAGGUGAUUAGGGGGCGGGGCUUCAGUCGGUUGAGCCCAACCAUUUUCAGCUUUUUUGUGGAUGUGAAUACAAUUUUUUUCCCAGCAUGCCCCGUUUCCUUCAGGCUGUAUGACGUCACUUGGUCCUGUACAAAAGUGUGACCGUUUUUUCACUGAAUAUUGUGAGUAUUGAUCCAAGAUGGCGGAAAUGAAUGGAGCCCGAUUGGUAGUUUGAGUUCCACCUUCAGUAAACGGGGAACUGUCACAUGGUCCACAUGAAAAACUGUAAAUGCUUUUUAAAAAUGUAUAGAACUAGUUUUCCUUCCGCCCUGCUGACAUCACGUUAAAAUAACUGAUUACUAAAGUUGAUCAGAAACAUUGAACCGAUGCACAAAAAGCUCCGAGCUCAUUCAUCCAGUCGCUUACCAACCGUCUCCUGUCGGGUGAUUGACAGCUCUCUUGUCCAAUAAGCACACAGGAGAGGGGUCCUGGUUACAUAGUUUGUUGUGUUUGAACAAAUCUAUUUUAUUUCAUAUUUUUACAAAUGUCUUCUGGUUAAAACCCCCAAAGUACAGAAAGGUUUCCGAUGUUCGAGGUCUGGUUCUCUUUGGCAUUUUCAUUUGUAUUCUGUUGACGGAUUGCAGCUCCAUUGUGUUGUUGUUGAUUCACAAAUAAAUCUGCUCAUAUCAAACCUU